AUGAUGUCCGCUCGCAUCGCCCGCACCGGCCUCCGUGCCACCCAGCAGUUCUCCGUCGCCCGCCCGGCCUUCAACGGUCUGCGCACCUAUGCCACCCCGGCCCAGGAAGUCCGCCCCCCGGUCGCCCUUUUCGGCGUUGACGGUACCUACGCCACUGCUCUGUACCAAGCCUCCACCAAGUCCUCUGCUCUCGACCAGACCUCCAAGGCCAUCGCCAACCUCGGCCAGACCCUGAAGGCCGACCCCAAGCUGCACACCAUCCUCGGCGCUCCCACCCUGACCGUCUCCGACAAGAAGCAGAUCAUUGAGGAGCUCCAGAAGGUCGCCGGUGCCGACAAGGCCGACAUCCUGAAGAACUUCCUUGCCACUCUCGCCGAGAACAACCGUCUCGGCUCCCUCAAGGGUGUCUGCGAGAAGUUCGCUACCCUGAUGAGCGCUCACCGCGGCGAGAUCGAGCUGAGCAUCACCUCCGCUCAGGAGCUUGACACCAAGACCAUCAACCGCCUCGAGAAGGCCGUUGCCAAGUCUGAGUACAGCCAGGGCAAGAAGCUCAAGAUUGUCACCAAGGUCAACUCCGACCUUGUCGGUGGCCUCGUUGUCGAGAUCGGUGACCGCACCGUCGACCUCAGCGUCUCCUCCAAGAUCGCCAAGAUGAACAAGGCUCUUACUGAUGCUUUGUAA